ACUUCCGGCUCGGGGAAGGGGAUUGCGGCCGACAGCGUUAUCGGAGACGCAGAGGACGGCUGCUGUCCGCUCGCCGCGGCGAUGCUGGGGGGCAGCUCCGGGGAUGGCGAGCGCGACACCGACGACGAUGCGGCGGGGGCGGUGGCCGCACCCCCUGCCAUCGACUUCCCUGCAGAGGUCUCGGACCCCAAGUAUGAUGAGUCGGAUGUCCCAGCCGAACUCCAAGUGUUAAAAGAACCCCUGCAGCAGCCCACGUUCCCCUUCGUAGUGGCAAACCAGCUACUGCUUGUCUCCUUGCUGGAACACUUGAGCCAUGUGCAUGAGCCAAACCCCCUUCAUUCAAAACAGGUGUUUAAAUUACUCUGCCAGACUUUUAUCAAGAUGGGGCUGCUGUCCUCCUUCACCUGCAGUGAUGAGUUUAGCUCCCUGAGACUGCACCACAACAGGGCCAUCACCCAUUUAAUGAGGUCUGCCAGAGAGAGAGUGCGCCAGGAUCCUUGUGAAGAUAAUUCUUACAUGCAGAAAAUCAGAUCCAGGGAGAUAGCUUUUGAAGCACAAACCUCACGCUACUUAAAUGAAUUUGAAGAGCUUGCCAUCUUAGGAAAAGGAGGAUAUGGAAGAGUAUACAAGGUCCGGAACAAAUUAGAUGGUCAGCAUUAUGCAAUUAAGAAAAUCCUGAUUAACAGUGCAACUAAAACAGACUGUAUGAAGGUGCUGCGAGAAGUAAAGGUUCUGGCAGGUCUCCAACACCCCAACAUUGUUGGCUAUCACACUGCAUGGAUAGAACAUGUUCAUGUGGUUCGGCCACAAGACAGAGUUCCCAUUCAACUGCCCUCUCUUGAAGUGCUGUCGGAGCAUGAAGGGGACAGAGAUCAAGGUGAUGUCAAAGACAAUGAAAGCAGCUCAUCCAUUAUCUUUGCUGAACUCACCUCAGAAAAAGAAAAACCUUUUGGUGAAUCUGACAUUAAAAAUGAGAAUAACAACUUGGUGAGCUACACUGCUGAUUUAGUGAUCAGGAACAGCAGUGAAUUUGAAUCAUCCGUUGAGCUCCAAGAAAAUGACUUGACCGAUUUGUCUAUCAGACCAGUUGUCAAGCAUCAGCUGCCACUGGGGCAUAACUCAGACUUGGAAGGGAAUUCUAUAUCCACGGAUGAGUCCUCUGAAGGCAAUUUGAACCUGCUGGAGCAGACAGAGGUUCGGUACCACCUGAUGCUGCACAUCCAGAUGCAGCUGUGUGAGCUGUCCCUGUGGGACUGGAUAGCCGAGAGGAACAAGCGGAGCCGGGAGUAUGUGGAUGAAGCUGCCUGUCCCUACGUUAUGGCCAGUGUUGCAACAAAAAUAUUUCAAGAAUUGGUGGAAGGUGUCUUUUACAUACAUAACAUGGGCAUUGUCCACAGAGAUCUGAAGCCUAGAAAUAUUUUUCUUCAUGGCCCUGAUCAGCAAGUAAAAAUAGGAGACUUUGGUCUGGCCUGUGCAGACAUCAUACAGAAGAGCUCAGACUGGACCAGCAGAAAUGGAAAGGGAAUGCCGACACAUACGUCCAGAGUGGGGACCUGUCUGUAUGCGUCACCCGAACAGUUGGAAGGAUCCGAGUAUGAUGCCAAGUCAGAUAUGUAUAGCCUGGGUGUGAUCCUGCUCGAGCUCUUUCAGCCAUUCGGGACAGAAAUGGAGCGAGCAACAGUCUUAACAGGCAUAAGGACUGGUCGGAUACCCGAAUCCCUUAGUAAAAGGUGUCCCGUGCAAGCCAAGUAUAUCCAGCUCCUAACUGGGAGGAAUGCAUCACAGAGACCGUCUGCUCUUCAGCUGCUGCAGAGUGAACUUUUCCAGACAACUGGAAAUGUUAAUCUCACAUUGCAGAUGAAGAUAAUAGAGCAAGAGAAGGAAAUUGAAGAACUAAAGAGGCAACUCAGCCUCCUUUCCCAGGACAAAGGGCUGAAGGGAUGAGAGGGAAAGUGGGGGCCUACCUGUGUAGCCUGAAUUAUGCUGCCCACCAUGGGAAAGUGGACUUACACUCUUAAAAUAGUCAACAGCAAUGUAAAUUUUCAACCCUUAACUGGGGACAGAUGGUGUUAUUCCCAGUUGUACUUAGCAAACCUAUGCAAAGAUAUAAAAGGACCCCCAGCUUCCUUUUCCUCAAGGAACCCUUUCAUGACCCAAGACUGCACUAAAUUGAGCCUGUUCCUCCUGCCCUC